GUAAAUGUAUUCUCAGGCACGAACAUUCUUCUAGUUCAAUGUCUACUUUAUGUCUGGGUUCAGCUCUUAUUUUCCGAAAUGCUUUUACCGGCAAAAAUUGCCGUCAUCGUCCUAAACGUUUCGUAUGCAAAUCCAUGACCAAAACGACGCCAGAGAAUGUUUCCGCUGAUGUCCUUAGUCGACGCUCCGGCAACUAUAAGCCUUCUCCUUGGGACCAUCGUUAUCUCCUCUCCAUCAAUAAUGAACAUGCGAAAGAAGAAAAAGUGAUAGCCAGAGACUUGUUGAAGGAAAAAGUGAGGAAAAUGCUUGAUGUUGAGACAAAGAGUCGUCUCGAGCAAUUAGAACUCAUCGACGAAUUGCAAAAACUAGGGGUUUCAUAUCAUUUUGAGGUAGAAAUAAAUGACAUUUUAAUGGAUUUUCAUCAUCAAAAUGGAAGAAGCAUCUUGAAAUGUGUCAAGGAAGAAGAUUUACAUGCAACGGCCCUCGAAUUCCGACUUCUUAGACAACAUGGUUUUGAUGUAUCAGAAGAUAUAUUUGAUGUGAUAAUCGACAAAAUAGAAAGUGAAACGUUCAAGAGUGACGAUAUAAAUAGUAUCAUAUCACUGUAUGAAGCGUCAUACCUCUCCACGAAAUCGGAUAUUAAAUUGCGUGAAGUCAUCAGACCUUUUGCAACAGAACAAAUAAGAAAAUUUGUUGAUGGUGAAACUUGUAACCUUGAGGUACGUGAGAAGGCAAUUCAUGCUCUAGAAAUGCCGUACCAUUGGAGAAUGAGAAGGCUAGAAACGAGGUGGUACAUAGAUGCGUACGAGAAGAAACAUGACACGAAUCUUGUCUUGAUCGAAUUUGCCAAAAUCGAUUUCAAUAUUGUACAAAUUGCUCAUCAAGAAGAUCUCAAAUACGCUUCCAGCUGGUGGAAGGAGACAUGUUUGGUUAAUCAUCUUCCCUUUGUAAGAGACAGAAUAGUCGAGAAUUAUUUUGUGGCCGUUGGAAUAAUAUACGAACCUCAAUUUGGAAAUGCACGACGGAUCAUAAGUAUUGUUAAUGCACUUGUUACAACCAUUGACGACAUUUACGAUAUUUAUGGCACUCUUGAAGAACUUGAAAUCUUCACUGCCAUGGUUGAUAAUUGGGAUGUAAAUCGUCUUGAUGAGCUCCCCGAGUACAUGAGGUUGUGUUUUCUUAUUUUGUACAACGAAGUCAACAGCAUUGGAUGCGACAUUCUCAAAGAUAAACAUAUAAACGUUAUUCCUUUUCUUAAAAAAUCGUGGGCAGAUUUAUGUAAAACAUAUCUAGUUGAAGCAAAGUGGUACAAAAAAGGAUACAAACCAACCGUGAAAGAAUACAUUCAAAAUGCUUGGAUUUCAAUUUCUGGCCAAACGAUAUUGAUCCACUUUUAUUGCGGUUUCUCUGACCAAAUCUCGGUUCAGAUCUUGGAGACAUUGGCUCAACACCGACAAGACAUUGUCCGCUGCUCCGCCACCAUUCUCCGACUAGCGAAUGACCUUGCAACUUCGCCGGCACAUUUUAGGCUAUGGUUUAUUUUGCAUAUGCGAGCGAAUGAUUGUGUUUGCUUGUUAUGCAAGGAUGAACUGGCUAGAGGAGACGUUCUCAAAUCAGUCCAAUGUUACAUGCAUGAGACUGGAGCAACGGAGGAAGAGGCACAAGCACACGUGCAGCAGAUGAUCUGUGACACGUGGGAAGAAAUGAACUACGAGGCAAAAAUGGCAGGAACUUCUUCACUGCCUCGAGGUUUUGUGGAAGCAGCAAUGAACGUAGCACGCAUGGCGCAGUGCAUAUAUCAAUACGGCGAUGGUCAUGGAUGUCCAGAAGAAGGCAAGACCGUUGAGCGUUUCAUGUACUUGGUUGUUAAUCCAGUCACCAAUACCAAAGUUAUAUCUCUUCUUUCCUAAUCACCUAUCCAGAAUCUUAAUUUCUGCAGACUCAUUUACUACAUAAAUCAUUAAAAGCUUCAACUUCUUCA